GUACGAUCCUCUACCGGCCAGGUGGCGAGGUCGAGUGCCAGCCAGGCUCAUUCCUGUCUACGAAGACUUUGACGAUGGACUGGGCUGACUGGCUGGGGGAUGCCGCUAAAGAGGAGGAUCGACGAGAUGCUGAUUCUAAUGAGGAAGAGAGUGUAGUGGCUCUACAUGUGCCCAGAAUACAUCGUAUAUUAUGGAUACCGCUCAGUCUGGCAGCUGGGAGUCUGUUCUUAGAAGCCUUGCCGCCUACCUCGAUUCUCGCUGGUACUGCGGUUGGAUCGACUGGCUCUUUUGGGGCCCUUGUGACCUCUUUCGCUAAGGCCUCGGGUGCAGCUAUUGCCGCUGCGGGCAGCAACGCUCUGUCCGUCACUCUGCCGAUGGCAUCAACUAUUUUAUUCAUGUUUUCUCUGAGGGGCCUCAAUUCGCAUGAGACGUCCAAGAGAGGAAAUUGGCUGGGCGUUGUUGGUGCGGCCUCGGCGGUAGUCACCGUAGUAGCAACCACUUGGAUUCCACAAUACUCCUCCUCUGUCCUCUUGCGAUCGAUGGGGCUAUUCAUGCCAACAGCUGCAGCGGCUUGUGCCGUCGGCUUGGGUGUUGCUUCGUGUGUCCAGAUGGAAGAGAUGCCUCAGCUAGUAGCGGGCUUCCAUAGCUUCACUGGCCUUGCUGCGGUCCUCAUCGGUUUAUCAGCUCACUUGAAUCCGUCAGCAACAGCAGCAGGGGGAGCCCUCGCCCAAGCACUGGAAACAUUCAUCGGGGUUAGUGUCGGCGCGGCGACCUUCAGUGGUUCAGUCGUUGCUGCAUUGAAAUUACAUGGAACAAUACCUGGGAGGCCCAUUGGCAUGAAAAUCCGUGGGCCAAUCAAUGGGCUCUGUCUAACGAAGCUGGCUUUGCUCACUACUGUGUACUGUGGUGUCGGCACUCCUUGGGUGAGGACGGGAGCACUACUCGCUAACAUGACAGCAAGUGCUAUGAUAGGGGCUAUGAUGGUACUACCAGUCGGAGGCGCCGACAUGCCGGUUAUAGUGAGCUUGCUCAACUCUUUGUCCGGGCUGGCGACAUCUGCAUCCGGGUUCAUGAUGUCCAAUUCUAUGUUGGUUAUGACUGGUGCGUUGGUGACCAGCAGCGGAGCCUUGCUGAGUGACAUCAUGUGCAGAGGAAUCAAUCGCAGCCUCGUCAGUGUUCUACAAGGAGGCUUUGGAGUGGAGGACGGCUCGCUAGCGGUACCAUCAGGUGGUACUGUAGCCGGUGAGGUCCAUACUAUCGAUUCCGCAGAGCUUGUUCGGAAGUUGACUCAUGCAAAGAAGGUACUGAUCGUCCCGGGCUACGGCAUGGCCGUCGCACGGUGCCAGCAGCAGGUAUCCGAAAUCGCAAAUCUCCUGCGCAAUCGGAAUGGCGCGAUGGUAGUUUUCGGGAUCCACCCCGUAGCCGGGCGCCUACCGGGCCAUAUGAAUGUGCUCCUGGCAGAAGCCAAUGUGCCAUAUGAUAUCGUCCUCGAGAUGGAGGAGGUGAAUGCGGAAAUAGCCUCUUUCGACUUGUGUAUCGUUCUUGGCGCGAACGACAUCGUGAAUCCCACGACCGGUAGUGACCCUUCCAGCCCGAUAUACGGCAUGCCGGCUAUUGAGGUGUGGAAGUGUCGGGAGUGUAUUGUCUUGAAGAGGAGUAUGGCCACCGGUUACUCUGGUGUUGAGAACCCUCUCUUCUUCCAUGAGAACAGCCGAAUGCUGUUCGGCCAUGCCCGCGAGAUGAUGGAUAAAAUCCGCAACGAGCUGGUCGAUCAGUUGCCUAGCGAAGACGUCGUUCAGCAAGGUCCAACAGCUGUCGUCGGGGAGACUGGCAACUCUGCGGGGAAGGAUGGGUCGAGUGAUAGCAGCACUGAGGAGCAGAGGAUUGAGUACCCUCCGGUCGGUGUUAUGGUCGGAUUCGUCAAUGAGUGCAUCUUCGAGAGUGCUGAAGCAACAGAGACAGAGCGACGAGUAGCUGUAACGCCUGUGGUGACACGCAAGCUCCGUAUGCUGGGCUUUGACGUGGCCUUUGAGGAGGGUAGUGGUGAAGCUGCUGGCUUCUCCGAUGAGGAGUACGAGCUUAUGGGGGCUACUCGGCUGAAGACAGCGGAGGAAGUGUAUGCCAAGGCCGACGUAAUGCUGCGAGUUGGUGCAUUAUGCGGCAAGGAUGUUCGACUAUGUCGGGACGGCAACUCCCCUGAGGGCUCUGUCCAGGUAGUAAUAUCGACUUUUCCGGUCAACGACGAAGUCCUCGCUCUACUCGAACAAUUUCGUGCAAGAAAGGUUACCGUCAUCAACAUGGCCGCCGUGCCGAGGAUUAGUCGAGCCCAGAAGCUGGAUGUCCUCACAUCAAUGGCGAACAUUGCCGGCUAUAGGGCUGUGGUGGAGGCCUUCCACGUGCUCCCCCGCAUCUCCCGUCCGUCAGUCACGGCUAGCGGCCAUCUACCAGCAGCGAGUGUCUUUGUUAUUGGCACUGGGGUGGCCGGGCUUUCUGCAGUAGCGACAGCACAGAGCCUCGGAGCCAGAGUAUAUGCGAGCGAUGUUCGCGACACUACCAAGGAACAGAUUGAGUCCAUGGGAGCUACUUUCGUCCGCAUCGAGUGUAGGGAGUUGUCCGGAGCUGGAGGAGUGGGAGGGUAUGCGGCGGAGAUCAGCUCGCCUGAGUUCAAGCGGGCACAGAUGGAGACUUAUGCUGCCAUGGUGAAGAAGGUUGACGUUGUCAUAUGCACAGCAAUGAUUCCUAAUAGAAGAGCUCCGGUGUUGGUGACUGCGGCCAUGGUCCGCUCAAUGGCCCCGCAUAGUGUCAUCGUGGAUCUCGCGGCGACAGCAGGAGGCAACUGCGAGCUGACAGUUCCCGGUCGAACGCUUGUCGAUGGAGUAUCGAAGGUGACGCUUGUGGGCCGCACAACGCUCACUUCAGACAUGCCGCAGCAGAGCUCGACGAUGCUCAGCCACAAUCUCUUAGGGAUGCUCCAGCUACUGCGCAAAGAUACGUCCUCGGGAGAAGUUGGCGGGCCCGCCAGUUUGACCUUCAACUUCGACGACGUUGUUGUGAGGCAAAGUACCUUCACGAGGGACGGGGAGAUGCUGUAUCCACCUCCGCCAAUGCCGCAACCUCCAACGCCUGUGCCCCCAUCGUUACCGGUAGGAGUGGAACUACUGCCUAUGAUGCACCGUGAUGACAGUAACGCCCAGGCAGUGCUCGACUACCUGUGUGACCACUCAGAGGCUGUGGCUGUGGCUCUAGGCUUUACAGUGGUCUUGGCGCUGGGCAUCUCUGCUGAUGUCAAUAACGUCCGCCUUGUUGGCGACUUCGUGCUGUCGCUAUUGAUUGGUCACUUCACGGUGGCCGCGGUGACCCCUGCAUUGCACACCCCGUUAAUAUCGGUGACCAACGCUAUCAGCGGAGUCAUCGCCACUGGCGGUAUGCUUCAGAUGAACGGACCGUUCCCUAGUGGACAGGUUGUAUCCGCCUUAGCUGCCGUAUUCUUCAGCUUAGUCAACGUGUCUGGGGGCUUCGCUAUUACUCAUAGGAUGCUGCAGAUGUUCAAGCCAGCCCAGACUAGGGCGAUUCUGGAUGGUCCUCGCCCAGCUGACGUCGACGUGGCUAGGCGUGUGAACUAGGCCUUCAGCUCUCUCACCUGACCGACUACGUACCCACGCGACCCUAACGCGUUUUAGAUGUAUAUGCCGACGACCAUGUGGUUGCUGUUUCACAUAUGAAUGUCAACUAAACCGAUUUCAUUUUC